GCCUGACACUAACAAGAUGACCAAUUCAACGUUCCUAAGCCAAAAGCUACCAAACAAUCCAUUUGCUGGUUAAGGUCGAUCCAUGGCGCUCACUGGCAUCAUUUGUUCAUCCAUUGAUCCAGUAUAUAUACACCUUAUCCGAACAAGAAAGGAGACACCUAGAAAUAACCCAGAACAGAGAUUAAUCCUUACCACCGUUUGUAAUUUAAGUACCUGAACCCACCUUAACUGAAUGAAUGAACUGACGCAGCUCACAAUAAUGGCCGCUGUCCUUUCUACCCUGCUGCCCCCCGCUCCACUGUGCACGGCCCACACAUGUAGCAAUGCCAUGCCACACAGCGCCGCUCCGCUCCGCUCUGCUCCUCCUCAGUCAGUCAGUCAGUCCUCACCCUCACGCCACCUUACCGGCACCGCACCGCUUCGCAGCUGCUGAGGCAUGGCCUUCCUGGUGCAGCACGGCACGAGCAGAAAGGCCGCCGCCGCGAGGGGGAGGAAGCCGAGGGACAGCGCGAAGGCCACGGCCAAGAACCCGAGCAGGGUGGAGCCCGGGCACAGGCAGCUCGCGGCCUGCUUCCUUGCCCUGGUGGUCUGCAUCUGCGUGGCCAGGCUCCUCUCCGUGCUGUCGUCACGGGUCUCGUCUGGCAAUGGAGUUUAUCUGGUACAAGGGAGCCUUGUUAGCUCUGAUGAUGCUGAAGGGGUUGGAGCUGUAAAUUCUUGGCAGGCCAGUAUCAGUAUGGAUGUACCUCAAGGGCCUAGUGCUCCAGUUCUUCCCAGAGCUGAUGCUGAUCCUUUCAGAAGGUCACCAGAAUCAGAUACUGAAGUUAAUAGCAACACUACCAAGAAUAGAACAAAUUUGGUGAAUAAAUCAGUAAUUGAGGAACAGACUACAUCCUCUUCAAAGUCUGAUUCCCCUCCCAAAACUUCUUUCAGGAAACCGGGACAAUCAGCAGUUGCAGAGAUUGAAGUUUCAAAGCCUAAGAGUAAGAUCACUUGUGAUGAUAAGAGUAAUGAUGAGGGCUUCCCUUAUGCAAGACCAAUCGUUUGCAAAAUGUCUGGUGAUGUUAGAGUUGCUCCAGAAAGCUCAUCAGUUGCUCUUACUAUGCCAAUGCAACAAGGCAAGGAGGGGCGAGGGAUUAGGCCUUAUGCUCGCCAGGAUGAUUCCUUACUGCAUCUUGUAAGACAAGUGGUCAUCAAAGCAGCUGCAAGUGAAAAAGAUGCUCCAAAAUGCAGCAUCAGUCAUAGUGUCCCGGCAAUUAUCUUCUCGAUUGGUGGCUACACUGGAAACUUCUUCCAUGAUGUUUCAGAUGUGCUGAUCCCACUCUACUUAACUUCCUUUCAGUUCAAAGGGCGGGUAAAAUUCUUCAUUACUAACUACAAGCAGUGGUGGAUUCAGAAAUACAAGCCGAUGCUACGGAGGCUAUCACGUUACGACAUAAUUGAUUUUGACUCAAACAAGGAUGUCCACUGCUUUCAGCAUGUAACUCUUGGCCUGGUGAGAGACAGAGAUCUCAUCCUUCGCCCUCAUCCCACGAGAAACCCCAAGGGAUACUCAAUGCUUGACUUCACGAGAUUCUUGCGCCACUCGUAUGGUCUCAGAAGGGACAAGCCAUUGGUCCUUGGUGAGCAGCCUGGCAAGAAACCAAGAAUGCUGAUCAUAUCAAGGCGAGGCACAAGGAAGCUCCAGAACCUUCGUCAAGUGGCAGCCAUAUCAAGGGCGCUAGGCUUUGACGUGAUCGUCUCCGAGGCUGGUGGCAACCUGAAGAAGUUUGCAAUGAUGGUGAACUCAUGCGACGUGCUUCUUGCAGUUCAUGGCGCCGGCCUCACCAACCAGGUCUUCCUCCCGGUGCAGGCGGUGGUGAUCCAGAUAGUCCCAUGGGGGAGGAUGGACUGGAUGGCCACCAACUUCUACGGGGAGCCGGCACGCGGCAUGAACCUGAAGUACCUGGAGUACUACAUUUCAGAGGAAGAGAGCAGUCUGGCUCAGAGGUACCCAGGAGACCACAUCGUGUUCAAGGACCCCAUGGCAAUCCAUGGCCAAGGAUGGAAUGCAUUGGCAGGCAUUAUCAUGACACAGGAUGUGAGGCUCAAUCUCAGGAGAUUCAAGCCUACACUUUUGCAAGCCCUGGACCUUCUUCAGGUUUAGUUUGAGAGAAAGGUGACAGUUUUUCAUUCUUUCUUGUACCAUGCAUAUAGGCAUAUAUAGCCCAUUCUUUGUUACUUGAUUCUUUUUUCUGACAUAAAAAUUCAUAUAGCUGUAACCUUGUAUCGUGCUAACGAAAGGUAAUACAGCACCGCGAAUCAGCAAAACUUUGUCUGGUUGCCACAAGAGGAAAUGUGUACUUAUGUUAC